AUGGGUGUCAUUAAGAAGAAAAGAUCGCACCAUGGCAAGGCUUCGCGCCAGCAAUACUACACCGGGGUACAGGUCGGGGGAGUGGGUAACAUGGGCGCGAUAAACAAUAAUAUCCCGUCGUUGACGAGUUUCGCGGAGGAAAACAACUAUCAGUACGGAUACGGCGGCUCCAGUGCGGGCAUGAAUGGCAGGUCGCUUACUUACGCGCAACAACAGCUUAACAAACAAAGACAGGACUUCGAACGUGUACGACUUAGACCAGAACAGCUCAGCAAUAUCAUACAUGACGAGAGCGACACGAUAUCGUUCCGAUCAAACCUUCUGAAGAACUUCAUAAGCUCGAACGAUGCAUUCAACAUGCUGAGCUUGACGACGGUACCGUGCGACAGAAUUGAGAAGUCCAGAGUGUUUAGUGAAAAAACAAUGAAAUAUCUCAUUCAAAAACAGCACGAUAUCAAAACACAAGCCACAGAGCAGGAAGAAAAGCCUCUGGCGCCACUUAAGUACACAGAACUUAUAGUAGCCGCGGAGGGCGGAAGCCGUAGCACAAAGGAUUUGAUAGACGCUGUCUUCGAGCAAGGCAAUCAUUUGAGGUGCCAGCCAGACGGCGUUGUCGUACAUCGUGACGACUCUGCGCUAGUGAGUAAACUCCGCGGCGAUCUCCGGGAAGCGCCCGCGGACUACUGGACACAUGCCUACAGGGAUGUCUUGGCACAAUACCACGAGGCUAAGGAGCGUAUCAGGCAGAAGGAUGUCACUACAAGCGGAGCGCAAGACGGGGUAAGCUUGCAGCAGCAGCAGCAACAACAGCAGCAACAACAACAACAACAACAAGCAGUGGCUACAGUUGCCCCGCAAAGUCCUCACGCAGCUGCUACGGAAAAGGAACCGGUACCCGCUGUGGUAGACGACCCACUGGAGAAUAUGUUCGGAGAUUAUUCCAAUGAGCCGUUCAAUACGAAUUUCGACGACGAGUUUGGAGAUCUUGAUGCUGUGUUUUUUUGA